AUGGACCCUGUCAGGGAGUCAAUCAAGCAGGUUGAUAAAAAUACAUGGCUCAUUGGUACCCUUAUUCUCCAUCGUUCCAGCGGACAUUCUGAUACUGCAACGUGGUACGAUCGGGAUGACGACCUAAGUUACACCCUCACCGAUGCGCCCGAUCCUGCGCCCCCCUUCGUGCCGCUGCCUCCAGAUCAUCCAAGCAUUGUUCUAGUGUACGACGCUGGGAACCGCUCAGCUGUCUGGUCCUUAGGAAACAGUGCUUUCUGUAAGGUCAAAGUACGAGUCGAUGAUACAACUCGGGAAGCUACUACACUAGGGUUUGUUCAGAAACAACAACCUGGCUUUGAUACACCCAAUAUUCUGCACCAAGCGGAACAUGACGGUCGUUCAUACCUUUUCCUCAGCAGAGUGCCAGGCCGAACCCUCGCAAAUGCGUGGCCAACUCUAGAUGAGAAAUGGAAACGUCACUACGUGAACGCCGUGGUGGAAAUCUGCGAAACUCUUGCGUGCUGGAAAGGCGAUACGAUUGGGGGCGUGGAUGGAAAAAACGUACCUGAGCAGUAUCUCAUCAAGUACGGGGCUGACUACAACUAUCGUGCUGAGAAUCUUCUACAAGCAUGUCAGUCGAUGGGUAUGGACUGCUCCGAAUUUGUUUUUUAUCAUGCCGACCUGGGCCCUGGUAAUAUUAUUGUGGAAGAUAUCCCCGACACUGGAUCUGUUGGUAUCAUCGACUGGGAGACUGCUGGAUACUUUCCUAGAGGAUGGAUUCGAACAAAGUUUCGAAUAAGCAGUGGAUUGGAUCUUCCAAGUUCUGUGGAAGAAGAGCACUGGUGGCGGUGGGAAGUUCAGGAGUCACUUGGGGUACGUGGAUUCGAGGACUUUUCGAAGGAAUGGGAGUGUUGGUGGUAUUGA